CUGGCGAACAUCAACGACUUUUAGAAGAGAAGAUAGGACUUCCAGCAACUCCUUUCUUCGGAUCCCGGCUUCGAGCAAUCUCGCUUGGUUUCAUCAAGCCCCAUUUCCUCUCACGGUCACUUCAUACACCGAUACAGGUCACAAUGAAGACUGCUAUCCUCACCUUCGCUCUGGCGACUCUCGCCGCGGCCGCACCAGCACCUCUUGUUGCCCGCGCACCACCGAACAUCCCCACCACAGCUGCCGCAAAGACUCAGCUCGCUGGUCUCACAGUCGCCGCCCAGGGCCCCCAGACCGGAUACUCACGUGACCUGUUCCCUCACUGGAUCACCCAGUCCGGCACCUGCAACACCCGUGAAGUCGUCCUCGCACGUGACGGCACAAACGUCGUCCAGUCCUCUUCUUGCGCCGCUACAUCCGGAACAUGGGUGUCACCCUACGACGGCGCUACGUGGACUGCGGCCAGUGACGUUGACAUUGACCACAUGGUCCCCCUGAGUAACGCCUGGAAGUCCGGCGCCGCCUCAUGGACCACGGCUCAACGCCAGGCCUUCGCCAAUGACCUGACGAACCCGCAGCUUCUCGCUGUGACCGACAAUGUCAACCAGGCAAAGAGCGAUUCCGGGCCUGAGGACUGGAAGCCCCCGCUAACAAGUUACUACUGCACCUAUGCGAAGAUGUGGGUCAAGGUCAAGAGCGUGUACUCGCUGACGAUCACAAGUGCGGAGAAGACUGCGUUGACGAGCAUGUUGGCCACUUGCUAGGCUGAGCAUCUGAGGGUGGAGGCGAGGACAACAAUUCCAUGUGAAUGGGGAGAUUGGGCGGGAUUGAGCGAAUCGAGCCUGAAAUUUUAUCUGAUUAUGAAAUCACGCGGUUCAAGCUCAUGCAUGUGGAAGAUGUGGAGCCCAAAGAAAAACUGAAUCCAGGGGUGUAACCACCGCACCGGCCUCUCGUCAUCGAACGCCCCUUCUUCAUUACCAAAACUGGAGUCCGACGUGGGCUAUAUUCUGUGCUCUUCUUUGAACUGGUUGAAGCAAACUAGUGCACAUGCUCCGCCGCUCGUCCGUUCCCGAAGUGGCCAUGAAGCAAGUCUCUCAUCAC